CUCUUGCACAUUGAUAAUUCUAUUUAUCGUAAUAUUAAAUAUUAUAUUCUCGAGAACACCAUAAUUUGUAAUACUCACUCUCCGACGGUAUCAGCGUGCGGUUCGGGACAGCGGUUGUUAACUUCUCGUCCAGUUCUCCGUUCGAAAUGGGCAGCGGUCUGUGCAGGCGUGGUAAUAGAGACGAAAGACCGAGGGCUGUACGUCGGGGGUUUGAUGGAUUGUACCGGAAGAUCGUUUUCAAUUACGGCAAACAGGGGACGCGUUAUUCAGACAAACACAAGAAGAGUGAAAAAAAAAAUACCAAACGCAAUAAGAGCAGAAGGAAGAAACCGAUUAUCAGCGCACCGUUUCCGGCAGAUCCGGACCGACUGCAAGGCGACAAGUGGCAGUACGUGAUACUGACGCGGUUGGACACAGAACCGCCGCCCGAACGACCACCGCGAACCAAACGAUGCCGCCGGCAGGAGACAACGGCGAUCAGUGGCGUCAGUGGCAUCGUCCGUUGGGGAUCGGAGCGGCGGCGGUCGUUCGGUCGCAGGCGGCAGCCGAAGCCGCCGCCGCCGACCGCCGACCAGCUGACGGAACCGGUGCCGUCCGGACUGGUCGUCGGCGGCGGAAAGGUCGAAAGAGCGGCGACGGCGGCGGAAAAAUACAACGCGUCGCCGGCUCUCGACGCGGCCGUCAAAAAGCCUUCGAUGUGGGUCGUUUUGUGGUCGGGCGCCGUCGUCGCCGGUCGGACGUACGCUGCCCGACAAAACGGUUUACUCAAGUCCGUGGCUCGCGCCAGCGCGAUGGCCAACGAUUUGUCGUCGUAACACUGACAACAAGUCGGCGGCGCAAGUGCGGUCGGGCAAUAACCACCAAGUGUUUGUGACGAUACCUUUUUGCGGUAAUACUGUUACUAGCUGCCAUCGAUACUCCGUGCGCCGCCCACACAAAAUACUACCUAUUACAAUAAUGGCAUUAUAUUAUUAUGUUACCUAAACUAUUCCUUAAUUGACUUUUCCAAUAUCCUGCACUGCGGAAAAUCCUAUUUUCUUUUACAUUCACUAGGUACCCAUCACAAUAUCGUCUUUAUUGACGAAUCUCAUCGGGGGACCAUAAUGUAGAACGAAAUCAAGUGAUCGUCCAAAAUCCGUAGUUGUUCUAUUCUGGUUGCCAGCUAUAAGCUAUAUACGUCAUAUAUUUAAUCAGCAUCAGAGUAUGUGCGAAAUUACGUCCGAUGUUAAUUUGAUUGUCUGUUGAUAAUCAGAUCUAACCACCGCGGGUUGUUCAAAAAGCACUGCUAUCGUAUGCAAUUAUAAUGUACAGUAGUGGGGGAGGAGGGUGAAAAAAUGUAAACGCCUUAUACGUGGUUAAUGGUUAUGCCUAUAUAUAUGCUUAUUUCAUUAUAUUUUGGUUUCAAAACUUAAACCAUGUGUAAAGGUCUGACAUUCGAAACAAAUAUCUCGUAUUAUAAUAUAUUAUUACGAUAAUAAUAAUAAUAAUAAAAGGAUAACUGUAUAACUCUCCUGUCACAUUAUAAAACCACAUCUUGCCUAACGUGCCGAUUUUAUGCUAUCCGAAUACGCGUCGGAGGAGUCGUCUUACUAUAGAGUUCGAUUUAAGUGCACGCUCGACGCAUUUGAACGCCAUAAAAGCUGAACGCAAAACAGUUCAACGAUUUAUCCGGUAAUAACACGGAGAAAGGAAAAAAAUGUAUAAAUAAAGUGGCAAUGUAAUGCCGAAAAUCCUCCUUGCGCAGUGUUUAUGACUUCCGCGGCUCGACGGAUGAUACUUCCGGUGUGUUAAAGCCAAGUCGCCUUGUCAUCAUUUCAGAAACAGGUCGUUCGAUCCGAGCGAAAAGGCUAGAGAAGGGGAUGAAAAUAAAUAUAUUUAAAGGUUCGACGCUGUGUAAUGGCUCCAUUCGAUAUGCGUAUAUAUAUAUAUAGUAUAUGUAUACAUACGAGUUGUACUAUAUUAUAUAGAUCGUAUAUUUUCGUUUUCCAAUUUUCACCAUUCUACAUGUCCCGUUAAUAUUGAGACAUCGAUAAAAAUGGUGCCAUACAAUAAUAAUUAUUAGGCAAUAGGUAUACGGUUUGCUGAAGAACAUCUUUGGGUGCUUAGUCACAUUAAUAACUAACCUUUUUCCAUACGUAAAAUAUGAUUUUUGUGGUAAAUUUCGUUUGGUUCACCACCGAUCGAAAUUUAACUAGCAUUCAGUUAAAACUGGAAAAUGUCUAUGGAAAUUUGAUUUUUUUUGUUUUUAUUGUAUUAAACGAAAAUGAGUUAUUUAUUAUUCACUCAA